UAUUAUUAUUAUCUACAUUUUAAUAUUAUUCUAUAUUUCUAUUCAUUACGCUUUUUGUUUUCAGUUUUGUAACUUGUUAAUUGUUUAGUCAAAGUCGUUUAAUAUUUGAUGUAUAUAACUAAUAAUUCGUCGAUGUGACCUUUAAAAUAAAAUAAUAAUGACAUUACUAUUACCUAUAGAGUAAAGAAUAUAUUAUCAGAUGUACCUAGGUAGCGUAUAUUCUACUGUUGUGAACUACUUGUUAAAUUUUUCAAAUACAUCUCGUUGUCGAUUCCAAAUGAUAUGCAAGACCAACCAAGGUAUCAAAAACCAAAUUUUGAUCAACAAAAUAUGCAAAAUAAUGUUCCUCCAAAAUUUAAUCCUGAGAUUGCUAUACCGUUAUAUGAUAUAAAUGAUUUGUAUCAAAAUGCUCAAUGUUUUCAAAAUGAUCCUGAAGUUUACAAUAAAAAAAAGCAAUAAAGCAAAACAAAAUUCAAAAAAAAAUAAUAAUGAACUUAAAAUUACUACACAAUUUUUAUUUGGUCAUCAUGUGCCACCAUAUUAUUCAGUAUUGAAUCAUACACUAAUGGAUAAAUAUGUAAUGCAUUUAUUCAAACCUAAUGCUCCUACUGCUAAAAUUCUGAGGCAAUUCCGCCUAUCACAAGCAGGCAUUUGCUUCACUUGAAAUUUGUUCUUGAGCUUCAGUGACGCCAAACAUAGUUUUAACGAAUGCACAAAGAUAUUAUUGAACAUGAACGAGAAAUGUUUGAUCAUUGGCUCUCAAACCUUUGGGAAGAAAAUUUGAAAAAUCGUCGAUUAAAUACCAUUCCGUACAUUGAGAAUUACAUUAAAUCUGCUUGUAAUUUUUCAAAUGGUUAUAUUAAAUCACACUAUGGUGGUACAUAUAGUUCAAAGAUGAAGAUCGACUAUAAUAUAAGAGAUGAAGUUGAAGUGAAUAAAGUUGAAAUGUUAUAUUGUAAAAGAGUACAGACUAGUAAAAAUGAUACAAUAAUUAAUCUUCCUAUGGUAAUUGAUAUUGGAAAUCUAGAAUCAAAAAUUUCUUUUAAAGAUGGUGUGUUUAAUCCACCUCAAAAAAUUCCUCUUGUGGAAGAUGAAUGUUGUCGUACACUGUCAACGACAAAUGCCAUUGAUGUUAACAUAUGUUUAAGUAGUAUAAAAAGUAUUAUGAAUCUAGAGAAACCCAAUAGUUUAUGGAUAAUUCCUGUCAAUGUAGAUAUUGAUACUGAUGAGCGUAAAACAAUUUAUGUUGGAGGAGCAUUAUCUACUGGACAUUUCUCUCAACAACAAAAAAGUUGGUAUUAUCUUAGAAAAGAAUUGAAAAAAAAAUUGAAAAAUGCCUCACCUAAUGAAGCUGUUCAGGACGAUUAUAACAAUUACAACUAUGAUAAAUGGAUGUUAAAAGUCAGCGAUGUCAAUGGCAUUGACAAAUCGUUCAAUUUACUUGUAAGAAAUAAACCCCAUGGCAUACAAGAACAGAUCAAACCACACAAUACCCCAGUAGUAAUAAUACCAAAGGUUGAGUAUCAACCAGAAUUUGGCUUCGAAAAAGUCAGUGAAGAACAGCUUGUUGAAUAUUGGCUGGAUACAAGCUUCAGAUGUCCCACAACCAAAUUAGCAUUAGUCUCAGUACAACACAAUAUGGACCUGAUGCAUGUGAAAUGGACAAUUGAAGAAGUAGAGAGUUUAAGUUCAAUUGGCAAAGACCAAAUGUAUCUACAAAGAUUGUAUCUAACUCUAGAAAAACUCGCACAAUUAGGCAAUGGAGAAUAUGUACUGCUACACAAUCCUAAAAAACCAUUCCACGUUGACGUCUACCAGUCAUCAGCGUAUGGUGGUUUCAAUUUAAUGAACAUGUAUUUUGUUCUACAACAGACUGAAGUUUCUGAUUCAUUGGUUUGGAAUCCUAUAGACAGGGAAAUAUUAUGUCCAAUUCAUAAUUACUUUAAAGUUGCACCGUGCAUGUUCAGGCCAAAUCCUGAUCAAUUAGAUAUCCAAACGAUAAAUGAACAAGUGACCAGAUUCAAUAUAAAUAGGAAAAGCAAGGAGAAUUAUGAAAAUGCGCAACUACAAAGAAAAAAGAGGAUUAAAAUGGAAAAAAAUAAAAUGAAAAGGAAAUUAAAAAGAGAAAAUGAUAUUUUAUAUAAUAUCAAAAAUAAUACGUUAAACAUUGGUAAUUCAUUGACAAAUUAAAAACAAUCUGUACCUCAUUUUGAUGAGUCAAAAAUUUCAAUCUUUGUAAUUUAAAAAAAUAAAUAUAUUUUUCUUGUUAAUUUGAUAUAUUAAGUAUAGGAUCUUUUUUAAGAAUGGAAAUAAACGCAUUGAGCAAUAUUGUA